CAUCACGAAAGGCAAAAAUGGCUGCCAACGUAGCGACAGCGUUGUUUUGAAGCCCACAGAACCGAGGUGGUCACCUGCGCGAAUUACCCGUGAAAAACAACGAAAAGGAGUGAUGGGAUCGUCUAAAAAACACAAGGACAAGGAUCGUGAGCGGGAUAGGGACAAGGAAAAGAGCAAGGACAAGAAGAAGUCUCGUCGUUCGCGCUCCAAAUCGAGGGAGCGAGACGGCACCAAGGAAAAACAUAGGCACCGCGACCGCAAACGCGCCCGUGCCACUGUUGACGAUGAAGGACAGCCCGUCGAAAAGGUCCGCGUCAAAGAGGAACGCGAAUUGUCGCCCAGACCUAAGCAAGAACAAAGCGGUUCGGAAAGUGAUACUGGACACCAAGACAAAUCUUCUCUUAGCAUUGACGAGACCAACAAGCUGCGAGCAAAACUUGGUCUGAAGCCUCUGCAAGUUGAUGGAGGAGGAAUCCCAGGUCUUGGAGACGUACCACUUGGUGAUGCCAAUGAGGAUGAAGGCGAGAAACGAAAGGAGGUCUUUGUCAAGACUGAGAACAUGCAAGAGAAGGUGGAGGCACAGAAGCUGAGGGAGAAGAUCACGGCAAACCGAGAGAAGCGAAAAAUUGCUGAGAAGUACAGAGAGAUGAAAGGCCUGGGGGACAGCGAUGAGGAUGACGAUGCCUUGCAAUGGGUUCGGAAAAGCCGCAAGCUUCAAGAAGAAAAAGAAAAGGCUGAGAAGAGAGCAAAGAUGUUGGAAGAGAUGGAUGAGGAGUUUGGCGUGGGAAAGAUUGUUGAGGAAGAACUUAAGCCUGUCAGGGAGUACACAGCCAAGCACCUUAAGGGACUUGAAGUGUUGCACAGCACAGAACGGUUCAAGGAAGGCCAGUCUGUCAUAUUGACAUUGAAGGAUCAAGGUGUCCUUGACGAAGGAGAUGAUGUGCUCGAAAAUGUCAAUUUAGUGGAAGCCGAAAAAGCAGAGCGAAAUGUGGAAAACCGCAAGGGCAAGCCUGGUUAUCAACCUUACGAUGACACUGAAGUUGAUGAGUUCGGAAUUGUAAAGAAGAAAUCUCUUCUGUACAAGUAUGAUGAAGAGAUUGAAGGCGUCAAGCAGGAAAAGUUCUCCAUUGGUGCGGGUCCAACUGAGGCAGAUAAAGAAAAGGAGCUGCAGAUGGUGCGGAUGAAGCUGAAGCAGAAGCAGAAGGACAGCCUGGUCAUGCCUGCCCCUCAGAUUGCCACUGAGUACCUCACUCCUGAUGAGAUGGCAACAUUUAAGAAGACAAAGAAGAAAGUGAGGAAAACGCGCAAACGUGAGACCUUCAAGGUGGAUGACCUUGCUCCACUCCCUGGACACGAAGAUGACAGAAAGGACCACGGUUCACGACGGCGCCGUGAGAACAACUUCACAGAGCCCGUCUUCGUGAACCCCCAGAGCCAGCAGUUCUUUGAUGAGGCCAGAAAGCCUCCUGAGGAGGAUGACAUGAUUGGACCUGACGAAGACUUGACCGGUGUGGCAGUAGAAGAGGAUGACACCGAUCAAGCUCUGGAAGCUGCAUUAACGAAAGCGCGGCGGUUGCGCCUUGCCGAGGGCAGCUCUUUGCAGAAGAUAGCGGAGUCCGCGCGACUGGCACGUGACCAGGAUGACAGCGAAGGCAACGCAAACUCGGCAAAAGCCAUUGUGCUUAACUCCACAGCUGAAUUCUGUCGAACUCUCGGCGACAUCCCCACGUACGGCAUGUCUGGAAAUCGUGAGGAGGAGGCUGAGGAACUUUUGGACAUGGACAUAGAAAAUGAGGAAGAAGAUCAGGGUGCUGGCGAUGCGGCGAAUCGUGGUGCUUGGAACGAAGUAGACAUUGAAGAAAAACCCGUGGAAAUCAAGGAUCGUGAGAAAGAGCCCAUUUUAGAAGAGGAGCCUGACCUCUCAGUUGGCAUCUCGGGCGCACUAAGGCUGGCAGUAAAGAAGGGCUACAUCGAGACAGGGGAGAAGAAGAUUGUGGAAAGCAAGAAGCACAGUGACCUGCAUGCACAGUCGUACACCAUUGAGGAGAAGUUCUAUGAUGACGACAAAGCGAGCCGCCGAGAGCGUUACUGUGGCCCUGUAUCAGACUUCAAGGAAAAGGAUUCAUACAAGCCGGAUGUGAAGCUUGAGUACAUUGAUGAUGGCGGGCGGAUACUGAAUGCAAAGGAGGCCUUCCGCUAUCUGUCGCACAAGUUCCAUGGCAAGGGCUCAGGAAAGAACAAGGUCGACAAGCGGGCAAAGAAAGUCGACCAGGCUGUGAAAUUGAAGCAGAUGAGCUCAACUGACACCCCUCUGAACACACUCAAGUUACUUCAAGAGAAGCAGAAAGAGUUGCAAAGUCCGUACAUUCUGCUAAGUGGAGGAUCGAAAGCUUUAAACCAGAGCUCCCUGAUGAAGCCAAAGUAACAGCCUGGAUCAGUUUUAUUCCUUUCAUUGUAAAUAAAGGACCAUAAAACAUGA